AUGGCAGGGGCCGGGGCCCAGCUGUCAGUCGCCGCCGCCGCCGCAGCGGUCGCGCUGCCCCGCAGCUAGCGGCCCGGACGCCCGCAGGAGAAGAUGAGCCCCCGCCGCUGCCUGCAACCCAGCCAGACGCGGAGCCGCCGCGCCCGGGGCCGGCUGCCCCGCUAGCGCCCCGUCGCGCCGCGCCUUCAUCCCCGGCCCCGUGCCCGCCUGGCAGCCACGAUGAGUGAACAGAGUAUCUGCCAAGCGCGGGCUUCCGUGAUGGUCUACGAUGACACCAGUAAGAAAUGGGUACCAAUUAAGCCUGGCCAGCAGGGAUUCAGCCGUAUCAACAUCUACCACAACACUGCCAGCAACACCUUCAGGGUCGUUGGGGUCAAGCUACAGGAUCAGCAGGUUGUGAUCAAUUAUUCAAUCGUGAAAGGGCUGAAGUACAAUCAGGCAACACCCACCUUCCAUCAGUGGCGAGAUGCCCGUCAGGUCUAUGGUUUAAAUUUUGCAAGUAAGGAAGAAGCAACCGCGUUCUCCAACGCAAUGCUCUUUGCCCUGAACAUCAUGAACUCCCAAGAAGGAGGCCCCUCCACACAGCGUCAGGUGCAGAAUGGCCCCUCUCCUGAGGAGAUGGACAUGCAGAGAAGACAAGUGAUGGAGCAGCAGCAGCACCGCCAAGAGUCUCUGGAGAGAAGAAUUUCGGCCACGGGGCCCAUCCUCCCACCUGGACAUCCCUCAUCCGUAGCCAGCGCCACCCUCUCAUGUAGUGGGCCUCCACCCCCACCUCCACCUCCAGUUCCCCCUCCACCCACAGGGGCUACUCCCCCACCUCCACCCCCUCUGCCAGCUGGAGGAGCCCAGGGGGCCAACCACGAUGAGAGCUCUGCAUCAGGACUGGCUGCUGCCUUGGCUGGAGCCAAGCUAAGGAGGGUGCAGCGGCCAGAAGAUGCAUCUGGAGGCUCCAGUCCUAGUGGGACUUCAAAGUCCGAUGCCAACCGGGCAAGCAGCGGGGGAGGUGGAGGCGGCCUCAUGGAAGAAAUGAACAAACUGCUGGCCAAAAGGAGAAAAGCAGCCUCCCAGACAGAUAAGCCCGCUGACAGAAAGGAAGAUGAGAGCCAAACGGAAGAUCCUAGCACCUCCCCAUCCCCAGGGACCCGAGCCACCAGCCAGCCAUCUAACUCCUCAGAGGCUGGCCGGAAGCCCUGGGAACGGAGCAACUCGGUGGAGAAACCCGUGUCCUCGUUGCUGUCCAGAACCCCGUCUGUGGCAAAGAGCCCCGAAGCUAAGAGCCCCCUUCAGUUGCAGCCUCACUCUAGGGUGAAGCCUGCUGGGGGUGUAAGUGAUGUGGGCCUGGAUGCCUUAGAUCUGGACCGGAUGAAACAGGAGAUCCUGGAGGAGGUGGUUCGGGAGCUCCACAAGGUAAAGGAAGAGAUCAUUGACGCCAUCAGGCAGGAGCUAAGUGGGAUCAGCACCACGUAAGAUGGCACCAGCCCUGGAGGAUCGCGAGGAGCCGUGCUGGCCCCAGCAAACAGCGAGCCUGCAGAAGCUGGGAUGUACUUAAGUCUCAACCUGUGACACAAUAUUAAAAUGAGGAAACAAACUUCAACUCCUGGAUUUUUUAGUGUAUCUGACACACAACACCGGGUCUAUUCUUUUUUUUGUAUUUUAUAUUUGCUUAUUUAAGUGUACAUUUCUUUGGUUUCUAGAGAGAACACCCCCCAAACCACCUGCUUUAUUAGAUGGCUUCCAAGUUUUCUCCUAGGUGACACUGUUGGCACCU